UGCAAGAUCAGGGGAUCAACCCACCAGGACCACGAGCUGGUGGACCUCGCUGUUGCGCUGGAGACGGACGCUGAACAGCCGGGCCCGCAGCGGCAUGGCAUGGGGAUUGACAAGGCGAAGCACGACCUGCCAGCACGCCGCGAGCACAUCGAGCAGCUGCUGCAACAGCAACCAGAUGCGCCGCUACACCUGCGCCCCAAUGACCACGCAGAGGCGCUAGAUGAAGAAAUUCGAGCGGCAGCGGCACAAGCGUUCCCCGAGGAGCCGAAGCCGCCACAAAGCGCGUGGGCAUCAACGGCCUCGGGGGACCUGUGCCAGCGCAGGCGAGCACAUCAAUGGCGAGCGCGACGCACCCAUGCUAAAGCCAGGCACGUGCUGAUGCCAGUGCUGUUCGCCGCCUGGGCACGCGCGCCGAAGUGCGAGCCGCGGCGCAACAAUCGGACAUGCCAGGACAAUGUCGACACCAGAGAGGCGACAAAGUGCGCCGAGGCCAUGCCCCCGCUGCUCGGGAUGCUGAGAAGCUUCGUGGGGCUGCUAGACACCGCGGCGAAGGUGCCCCAGUCUCAGUUCCCGCGGCCACAUCGUCACCGACGAGCCGCCGAGCUCCCAGCCGAAGAAGCUGCACCUGCGAGGGGGGCCGUCCUCGUCGACGCGCAGGGCCGCGACAGUCGGUCCACGCCCGUGACUACAACGGAGGCAGCAGAUGCGCACUUCCAGCUGGUUCAGGAGGUAGAGGACCUCUUCGGCGAUAUCUUCGAGGACGCGCAGUGCGCGCCAACGGCGCCCGGCGACGCGGAGGAGGGGCCCGUCGAGCACGACCUGGCGCUAGACGAGGAGGUCUCGGCAGAGGGGGCGCUGGGGGACGCCCUGCUACGUGGGGGUGUGGGCGCUGCGGGUCGAUCCGUGCGGGAGAUCGGCUUGACCUCGCGCGAACCGCCGAUCCCAAAGCGGCUCUCGCCGAAGCCCCGCGCCGACGCAGCAUGGGGAGGCGCCGGCGCCAGAAAGCAAGCCCCAGCCCCCAGCAGCACCCACGAGGUAAACAGCGAGAGGGGGCGGGCUCAGUCGCCAAGUUCAUUGCUGGAGCCCGCCCCCCGGUGCACCCACGAGGUGGUCAGCGCGCGGGGCAGGCCCGCCCCGACGGGAGAAGCAGGGGCGGGUGCGACCGUCGCUGGAGAUGCCGCAGGUGGGCCACCAGUGGAGGCCGUGCACUACCAGCUGGAUCAAGAGGCUGAGGGCCUCUUCGGCGACAUCUUCGAGGACGCGCAGCGCGCUCCAGA